UAUGACUAUAUUCAUACAUCCAUGCUAUAUAUGUUCCCCGCUGGUCAACUGUAGGUGACAACUAGUUAUUUUCAGGGUAGCUGAUAAAUGGCACUGCCUGUUUAUUGUGGUCUGGGUGAAUAUCCUCUGUCUACAUUGCAUUUGUCUCUGGGGCCCAGUAGCGCAUGGUAUUCAUGCAGUUCAUAUUAACUGUGUAAAGAGGAAGGAAGAGCUUGAACACAUUUGUUUGAGUUAUUAUCUUAAACUGCAGGCAAAGACGUUUCCACUGACUUUUUCUGUCACACCAGCUACCUCCUUUACAAACAACGCCCUGAGAGAAACAAACUAUGAAUCUUAGAACAGCUGCAAGAGGCUUUGUAGCUUUCCUUCUGUCAGUACCAGCAUUACAGGGUUACUCUAACUGGGCAGUUACUUACCCAUCUAGUAAUAUCUGCGCUCUGAGAGGAUCAACAGUUGAAAUCCGCUGCAAUUAUAAAUACCCUUACGCAAAUACAGUGGAGAAAAAACUCUGGUUUACAAAUAUACACAAUGAGCCAGUUGAUCUGAAAGAUGAUACAGACUAUACAGGUCGUGUUAAAUACAGCUGUGUUGAGCACAGGUGUUCCUGGAGCAGCUGUACUGGAACAUGUACACUGAGAAUCGAAAACCUGACACAGAGUGACUCUGCUGAAUACAAGUUUAGGAUUACAACAAACAAUGAAGGGGCAUAUAGUGGUGUCCCUGGAGUGAAGUUAUCAGUGACAGAUCUCCAGGUGAAAGUGGUCAUUCCUCCUUCCAGUCCUAACAGGGUACAGCUGGAAUGUCACAGUAUGUGUCAUCUUACUGGUUAUGUUACAUACAUCUGGUACAGGGAUGGAACUCGACGACAUCAAGGAAGGUUCACCUGGUUCAACAUUAACUCUGAAUACAGGACUUCAUGCGCUGUUCAAGGAUCCGAACAUCUCCCCUCUCCAUCAGUGUACGCUCCAGAGACCCCCUCAGUGGGAGUGACUCCCCCUGGUGUAAUAAAGGAGGGCAGUUCAGUGAAUCUGACCUGCACCAGCGAGGCCAACCCAGUAGCAAAGUACACCUGGUCCAAGGUUACUACAGGUCAUCCCCCCGGACACAGUGUCAAGGACACUGGACAACAGCUUUCCUUUCAUCCCAUCCAGUCUUCAGACUCUGGACAAUAUCUCUGCACAGCUGAGAAUGACCUUGGGACAAAAACUUCGUCCCCCAUCUCUAUUGAUGGGAAAUCCACGCCAUCAUCAUUACAAGCAACUGUGGCUGCAGGAACUGUAGCUGUUUUACUAGUGGCCACCAUACUCCUCCUAAUCUUCCUCUGGAUGAGAAGAAAGAGGGCUUCUAGGAAAGCACGUGGCCAGGGAGGAAGGCCAGAUACCAGGCAGGAGUCUCCUCCGUGUCCUGUGUAUGACAACGUCUCAGCUCUGACCAAUCGCUCGGCUUCUGCAGCACAGAGAGAACCAAUAGAAGAGCAGGAUGACCCUCACUAUGCCAGCAUCCACAUCUCUCGCUCAAAGAACCAGGAAGUGCCUCGUGGGUUUGCUGGUGUUGUGGUAGAGUCUGAUCAUACAGAGCAGGUCCUUUACUCUGCUAUCAACCUUAAUAGACCCAAGGCUGUCCCUGAGUAAGCACUCCUGAUAGUUCUCAAAGAUCAACUUUGUGGCUUGAGACUUCCUCAUCAAGUCAUUUAUAAACCGUGUAGAAUUUUUAGAGUUACUUAACUUCUCUUUAUCUUUUUUUAAAUUUUUUAGUAAACUGAUGUCAGAGUUGUAUACCACAAUCAACUAUAUGUCCCAGAAAGUGCUUUUUUUUUUUUACAUAGAUUCAGCUUUAAAUGGGUUUUAAUACAAUUUCUAGCCAUACAAUUGUAUGUUAUUGUCAUAAUCUUCGUUUAGCAUUUGUAUAGUUUGUUUUGUUGUCAGUUUCUAAGAAUAUUCUCUAUUCGUUUCUAAAAAACGCUUUCUAUCAUUGCUUUGUUGGAUGAUGUGGGAGCUGCUAUCACUGAUAACCAAACAUGGUUGACAUUUAUUUUAUUCUCAGUGGAAAAUGUAAUAUUACGUUUGUUUCGACAUUAAAAUGUGUUUGAAAACAUGCCUCGCGAGAAAUGUGCUUUUUAUUGUCAUAAUCUUCUUUCAGUGCUUGUA